UGGCGACUCAGUGGAUCUCACGAGAUUGCAUUUUUCUUCUGAUGAAACAGUUCACCAACUACCAAUAAGACAAUAUGCUUCAGAUGUAGGUCACGCACAUAUGGUUCGUGAGCCUUCAAAAUCUACUGUUGUUUGGGAAUCUUCCCCUAUUACAAGUGAAGGAGUGCUGCAGAGCUGCGGUUCUGUACCACCUGUGUUAACACAUGCUACUGGUGCGCAUCAGCCAGUAGUAAAUUCAUAUGCAAGAGAAGGAGUGCUGCAGAGCUGCGGUUCUGUACCACCUGUGUUAACACAUGCUACUGGUGCGCAUCAGCCAGUAGUAAAUUCAUAUGGCAGUGGAGUGUCGUUCAGAGCGGUUUUGCACCAUCUGUGUCAACACUUGCUACUGGUGCGCAUCAGCCAGUAGUAAAUUCAUACGAAAGUGGCAAUCGUCAAGUUGGCGAUGGGAUUGCCCAAAGUUGAACUGAUGGAGUUUGAUGGAAAUCCCCUGCGUUUCCAUGCCUUCAUGAAGUCAUUUGAGACUAACAUUCAUUGUCACCAACAUGCGCCUGAGACAAAGCUUGCACAGCUGAUUCAAUUGUGUUCUGGCAUCGCAAAGGAUGCCAUCAAGAAUUUAGUACUAGUGUCGCCACCAAGCAAGGGCUAUCAGAUGGCGUGGCAAACCUUACAUGAACAGUUUGGUAACCGAACUGUGGUAAUUGAAGCUACAAGUAAAGAGGUAACAAAUGGUCCCAAGAUUAUGGACGAUGACACUCAAGGACUUUGCAAGUUGGCCACUCAACUGCGUAAUUGUGAGAUUGUGCUUAGUGAGUGGAAUGCAAAUUCAUUCAUGGAUGGCUAUGAAAAUCUUGAGCGUGUAUUCUCACGUCUGCCCAUGUACUUGCAACGAAAGUAUGCGGACCAAUUUGAUGACAGUAAACUUCCUACAUUUUCACACUUGGUUGCAUUCGUGGUGAAGAAAGCGCAGCUAACUACUACAUUUUAUGGUCGGAUUGUGACCAAGAAUUCUGCCAAACAGAAAUCAACUAUUCGAGUCACCAAACCUAGGAUGACAAGAACCAUCGUAUGCAGUCACCAAUACCCAAGAGAAGACUCCAGGACCCAAGGUAGCUGA